AUGGAUCCCUACGAUAGCGACUCUUCCGGCUUCGAGGAUGAGGGGGACUAUACUGAGACCGGAGUCGUGCUGGGAUACGCCUCGGAGGAAAUCAUUGAGGAUUCUGUUACCCACAUAGGUGGGUGGCCAACAUGGAUUGACGGCUCUACCCCGCCUCCCGGUGAUUUUGCCAAAUGCAAAGUGUGCAGUGGCCCAAUGCUGCUUCUCCUUGAACUUGACGGCGAGCUAUACGAGCACUUCCCAGAUGCUGACCGGCGACUAUACAUCUUCUCCUGUCCACGAAAAGCAUGUAGCCGCAAGUCAGGCAGUAUCCGAGCCGUGCGCGCGACGAGAAGACACAAGAGCCACCAGCCCCCGCAGAAGGUCGAAAAGCAGGAGCCCGAGAAGAAAGAGGUGGAACAGCCUCAAGCACCCAAGCCGGAUCUUGGUGCAAGUCUAUUCGGAGGCGCAAGCCUUGUAAACAGUGUCUCCGCGAACGCAAACCCCUUCUCGUCGAAGCCCGCGUCCAGCCAACCAAGCAACCCAUUCGCUGGCCCUGUCCCUAGCCCAGCUCCCGCGCCAGCACCAGCACCAGCCAACAACUCGACUACGGAAUCUCAAGAAGACUCAACUCCCAAUAUGCUAGCCGAAACAUUCGCCGACAAAGUUCGCGUCUCCGACCCCGCGCCAUCUACCCAAACCCCCGAGCCAUCAGGCCCUCCUGUCCCCUGGCCAGAACGCUCAGAGUUCCCCGAACCCUUCACAAACUUCUACAUCGACGCUGAAGGCGAAAACAUCUCACGCGCGCCAACGCCCAAGAUCCCCGAAAACGUCACAAUCGAGACCGAGGAUGCCGAGGGCGGCGCCGGCGGCGCAGACGUCAAAGACGCCUUCGAGUCCGAGCUCGACAAGGCCUUCCUGAAGUUCUCCACCCGGCUCGGCCACAACCCCGAGCAAGUGCUACGAUAUGAAUUCCGCGGUACGCCCGUCUUGUAUUCCCACACUGAUGCUGUUGGGAAACGACUUCACGAGUCUGCUUUUGCGAAGCUUGGUGGUUUGUCGACGGCGCCGAGUGGUGAGAGUCGCAUGCCUCGGUGUGAGUCUUGUGGGAGUGAGAGGGUGUUUGAGCUGCAGCUUGUGCCGCAUGCAAUUAGUGUUCUUGAGGAUGGGAGAGAGGGUGUUGGGCUUGGGAAGGAUGAUGCGGGUAUGGAAUGGGGCACUAUCAUUAUGGGGGUCUGUAAUAAGAACUGUGGACCCGCGGAGGUUGGUGUUGUUGGAUACAGGGAGGAAUGGGCUGGUGUGCAGUGGGAAGAGGCUGCUAAAUAA